AUGGAGGAGAAUUUUUCCUGCCAAAUCAAGAAGAUGGCGCUGGCCUUGGGAACGUCUCUGACGGACAAGGAUAUUGACCUGCUGCCCUCGGAGAUGAGACAUCACGCUGCCUUCAACUACAGCAAGUUCUUCGAGUACAUGCGGAAGUUCCAGACACCGAGCGAGCAGCAGGAGCAGUUGCGCAAAGCUUUCCAGCUCCUGGACAAGGACAACAGCGGCUUCAUCGAGUGGAACGAGAUCAAGUACAUCCUGUCCACCGUGCCCAGCACCAUGCCUGCGACGCCCUUGUCAGACGAGGAGGCUGAAGCUAUAAUCCAAGCGGCUGAUGCAGAUGGGGAUGGGAGGAUUGAUUUCCAAGAGUUCUCCGACCUGGUCACAAAGGAGAAGAUCCCCAAGAAGAAGUAAGGCAGGAGGCAGAGGAGAAGGAGCGCCCCACUUCCUGGCACCAGGCUGCCUGCUUUGGGGGCAGCCCCCCGCGGAGGCCACCGCCGGCCACCCAUGCAACACUGUGCUUGUCCUGUGUGUUCUGUCGCCUAGACCCCAGUUUGGAGGGGAAGGGGCUGCCACACCUGGCCUGGCGGGAAGGGGAGAACAGGGGUGGGUACCCAGCUGCAUACCAGGCCCAGAGCGGUAGGAGGCAGUUCUGGGCCAGGGCAGGAGAGAGGGAGGGCUUGAGAAAUAACAACCGCCCCACUGCAGCUUAACCUCCCCAGCACACGACCAGCAGCAGGGGCAUUCGAGAUGGUGCCGCUCUCCCUCCGGCCUCCCACCCCGGCAGAGCGUCAGGGCCAGCCAGACCGGGACUGGAGCAGAAAGACUGAAGAAAAACCAGACCCAACCUGGCUCCGAGCCUUGGGCCUCCUGCAUCCAUUCCCUUCCCCCGGCUCCUCCCCUCCCGCUCAGACUGGGCCCAGCUCAGCACCGUCCCGAGAGCCCUGCCUGUGC